AUGCUAUUAUUGAAUAUUCGGGAUCAAGUGACAGGUGGCCAGUGGGGUACCAAACCUCUACCGGCAGGCAUCACGAGUGGUUCCUUAGAGGCUGAGAUAAGCCUGAAGAGAAACCGCAAUCAUAGCAACGAAGUGUUGCGUCUGCAUCGGGCAGCAUCGGGGGGUAAUGUUGAUGUUAUUCGCCAACUGUUACGUGAAUCUCCAUGGCUGGCUUUCCAUAGAGACGACAAUGACAGAGUUCCAUUGAACUGCGCAGCCGAGCACGACCAGACAGAGGCUCUAAAGGCGCUGCUUCACCACACUCCAUUUGCCAUGGGAGACAGAACUGGUCGAACGGCUCUGCAUUGGAGCGUCUUGAACGGCAACGAGGAAGCCGUUACGCUCCUGCUUAGCAAGAUCUCCAUUCUGGACCCGACCAACGACUUCCACAAGGCUGUCUCGUUGCAAGGGAAAACACCAACGGUAAGGCUGAUGUCGGAUCAUGCUUGGGUCGAUUGGCAGACGGUGUCAGGAGACACGGCGUUGCAUCUGGCAGCCGGUCAUCAGUCAUCCCAAAUCUUAUCUUUGCUAGCCAAGGUAUGUGACCUCACGAUUAAAAACACCAAGGGCGAUACCGCUCUUCGAACAGCUUUCUUAGGUAAACACGAACAUCAUGCCAAGCUUCUCCUUAGGGAAAUGGCAAGGCGGGAUGUAAAGUGGGCCUGCGAAUCUAGUACUCUGGAUAUCGUACAAACUUGGCCAGACAACAGACAGUCGUGGAAUGGCAAUGUGUUGUGCUGGGCCGUGUCCAAUGGCUUUGAAAGGGUCACAAAAUGGAUUCUUGAUGCUAUGCCUAUACUUGCCUUUGUCGCUCGGGAUACUGGUGGGAGGACAGCCUUACAGGCCGCGGCAGAGCAAGGCCAUCUUGAAAUCGUCAAACUAUUGCUACAUAACGGAGCAGAUUCCAAUGCUCCUCCCGGUCCCUCCUAUCCACGAACUGCUCUUCAGGCGGCAGCAGAGCAGAACCAUAUUGAAACGGCCCGGCUGCUGCUGGAUUGUGGAGCAGACAUCAAUGCCCCUGCUGCACCGAAUGGGGGCCGAACCGCCCUACAAGCUGCAGCGGGUCAGGGCCAUUGGGAGAUGGUUAAGCUGCUUUACUCAAGGGGAGCGGAAGUAAACGCCUUGCCUAGUCGCAACUAUGGUCUCACGGCCCUCCAAGCCGCGGCCAAGAAUGGCAAUUUGGACAUAGUCAACUUCCUACGAUCGAAAGGGGGAAAGGUCAAUGCCCCAGCCGGACCAGCUAAUGGCCGGACGGCCAUUCAGGCCGCAGCAGAAGAGGGAAAUUAUGAAAUGGUAAAACGGCUCUUCGCUAAUGGUGCCAGAGUCAAUGCCUCGCCCGCAGGGACCUUUGGUCUCACGGCCCUCCAAGCCGCAGUCAAGAAUGGCCAUUUCGACAUAGUCGACUUUCUACGAUCAAAAGGGGCAAAGGUCAACGCCCCAGCCGGGUCUGCUAAUAGCCGGACGGCCAUUCAGGCCGCAGCAGAGCAGGGAAAUUCUGAAAUGGUAAGACGGCUCUUCGCUAAUGGUGCCAGAGUCAAUGCGUCGCCCGCAGAGACCUUUGGUCGAACGGCCCUUCAAGCUGCGGUAGAACAGGGCGACUAUGAAUUGAUCGAGCUGCUUCUCAAGUUUGGCGCAGAUAUCAAUGCUGCGCCUGGAAAGAGCUUUGGCCGGACAGCCGUUCAGGCUGCAGCAGAGCAGGGUGACUGUGGAAUCAUUGAGCUUCUUCUCAGUUAUGGAGCGGAUAUCAAUGCCUCGCCCGGGGACAUUUGUGGUCGAACCGCCCUGCAAACUGCAGCAGAGCAAGGGUUUCUAGAGGUGGUGAGGUUGCUUCAGUGCAGGGGCGCACACGUGAAUGCCUCAUCAGGAAAGGUCUUUGGCCGAACGGCCCUUCAAGCUGCAGCGGAGCAGGGCUAUCUUGAGAUGGUCAAGCUACUACUGUCCUAUGGAGCAGAAGCCAACGCCUUGCCAGGUGCUAGCUUUGGUCGAACAGCCCUCCAGGCCGCGACAGAACAGGGCCACCAUGAAAUGGUCCAAUAUCUGAUUGGAUGCAAAGCGAACGUCAACGGCUUGCCUGGCCUGAAACAUGGCCGAACCGCUCUUCAGAUUGCUGCCGAACAGGGAGACUUUGAUAUGCUCAAGCUGCUCUACUCUCAUGGGGCGGACGUCAAUGCCGCGCCGGGAGAGAAUUGUGGCCGAACGGCAAUUCAAACCGCCGCAGAGCUGGGCCACUAUGAAGUGAUUGAGCUGCUUCUUUCAUAUGGAGCGGACGUCAACGGCCCGCCGGGUCUUACUUACGGUCGAACCGCCAUUCAAGCGGCCGCAGAACGGGGAGAUCUCGAGAUGGUCAGGCUGCUUUACUCUCAUGGGGCGGACGUCAAUGCCGCGCCGGGAGAGAAUUCUGGCCGAACAUCAAUUCAAGCUGCGGCAGAACAGGGCCACUAUGAAAUGAUCAAGCUGCUCCUUUCUUAUGGCGCGGACAUCAACGCCUCGGCUGGUCCUGCUUGCGGCCGAACAGCCCUUCAAGCUGCAGCAGAGCAGAGCUAUCUUGGAAUCGUCAAAUUGCUGCUUUCAUUCAAUGCCGACAUUAAUGCCCCUCCUGGAGCCACCUACGGCCGAACGGCCCUCCAAGCUGCAGCAGAGCAGGGACAUGUUGACAUGGUUGCCCUGCUACUUGAAGACAGAGUAACGAGCGACCCUACCCUUGGACCGGGGACCGGUCGACGAGGCGUUCAAGAGGUAGUACAGCAGGGUGGUGUUAAGCAGGCCGAAUCGGCUACUUCAUGUCAAGUUGACAUUAAUGCCCCGCCUGGAGCCACCUACGGCCGAACGGCCCUCCAAGCCGCCGCAGAGCAGGGUCACCUUGUGAUGGUCUGCCUCCUCAAAUCUGCUGGGGCAGAUGUAAAUGCCUCGCCUGGAAAGAUCUUUGGCCGAAUGGCGCUUCAAGCUGCAGCAGAGCAGGGUCAUAUUGAUGUGGUCAACUUUUUGCUUGAAAAAAAGGCAAACAUCAAUGCUCUGCCUGACUCCGCAUACGGCAGAACAGCACUUCAAGCCGCAGCAGAGCAGGGUAAAGUUGAAAUGGUAAAGCUGCUUCUGGAACAUGGAGCAGACUGUAAUGCGUCGCCCGCAUAUGACAACGGCCGAACCGCGCUUCAAGCUGCAGCAGAGCAGGGCCACCUCAAGAUUGUGAGUAUUUUACUAAACACUGACGCAGUUACUAAAGCCAAUGUUGAUGCGUCACCUGCGCCUAUCAAUGGCCGAACUGCCCUUCAGGCAGCGGUAGCACAAGGCCAUCACCAGAUAGCCAGGCUGCUUAUUUCUAAAGGGGCAAACAUGAAUGCCGCCCCGGCCCCUACCAAAGGCAGAACAGCCCUUCAGGCGGCAGCAGAGCGAGGCGAUCUUACUAUGGCAGAGCUGCUUCUCCGUGAUACAAACCCACAAGGGCGAAUCGCGCAGAUCAAUGCGGCCCCUGCUGCUUUCUACGGUCGGUCGGCUCUUCAGGCUGCAGUAGAGGAGGGUCAUGUUCAGAUGGUAAAGCUGCUCUAUGCUAGGGGAGCAAAGGUAAACGCCUCACCCGGGCAGAAUCACGGCCGAACAGCGCUUCAGGCAGCAGCGGAACAGGGCCAUCUAGAAAUUUUACAGCUCUUGCUUUCCUACGGGGCAGAAGUCAAUGCGCCGGCUGGAAUCUUCGACGGCCGCACGGCACUUGAAGCGGCAGCGGAGCAGGGACAUAUUCAGGUUGUUCGCAUGCUUUUGUUUCAUGGAGCAGACAUCCAUGCCUCAACCGCCCGGAAGGGUAGUAGAAGCGCCCUCCGAGCCGCAGCCGAUGAGGGACAUCUUGAGAUCGAGCGAAUGCUGCUUCUUGCCGAUAAAGGGGAAAGGAACGAUCGAUGUACUCCUUACCUUAGCUAG